CGCGUCUUACUUCCGUCGAUCGCAUUUGUGGUGUUAGCCCUGCAAGUAGAUUUGCUCUCUGUCUUCUGUGCUUUUCUCUGUCUUUAACUUCUAGUUAACUAGUAAAAAGAAAUGGGUGAGUGGCAAAACGGAAUCUGUGGCUGCUUCGGCGACUGCUGCACAUGCCUCCUUUCAUUUAUGUGCCCUUGCAUCCAGUUUGGACGUAAUGCAGAGGCACUAGGAGAGAGCUGCGUUAUGUAUGCUCUCUCUCAGUUUGUACCCCUCCUCAACCUCUACUGCCGUGUCACCAUCAGAGGAAAGAUCAGGGAGCAGAAGGGAAUCGAGGGCUCUUGCUUCAACGACUUGCUGUGCUCUUGGUGCUGUGGUCCGUGCGCCCUGGCACAAGAAGCUCAGGAACUCGCUGAUCCAGGAAGCAAAUCCAUGAGCCGUGAAUAACUGAUAAAACUCUUUAGUUGUACCCUCUACCUUUAAGUUUUAAAAGAUACUAUAGCUAUGUUUUAACUGAUUUUGCCGAGAUUUUAUUAUUAUUAUUGUUAUAGUUGUAAUGAGUUUUGAAGUUGAUUUUGCAGCAGCA